GGCCGAGUUGUUGUCAACAACCUCAGAAAACUUCCGUUGACAAAAGAAGUUACAAUUUUUCAGCUGAGCUUAUAAUUAUAUUUUGUCAUGGCGGUCCCCGGAGGCGGCGGACAGCGCCCCAUGGACGAGGAAGACGUGGGCGCCCCGGUGCAGCUGUACGUGUACGACCUCACCAAGGGCAUGGCCGCCAUGAUGUCGCAGGCGCUGCUGGGCACGCACAUCGAGGGCAUCUGGCACACCGCGGUGGUCGCCUACGGCCGGGAGUACUUCUUCGGCUCCAGCGGCGUGCAGAGCUGCAACCCGGGGGGCACGGUGCUGGGGCAGCCCACCAGGAUAGUGGAGCUGGGGGACACCUUCAUCCCCUACCCGGUGUUCUUGGAUUACCUGUUCGGCCUGGGCGAGACCAACUUCAGGCCGACCUCGUACCACCUGUUCAAGCACAACUGCAACAACUUCUCCGACGAGGUGAGCCAGUUCCUGUGCGGCACGGGCAUCCCCAAGUACGUGCUCAGCCUGCCCGAGGAGAUCCUGAACACGCCGCUGGGACAGACGCUGAGGCCGCUGGUGGACUCGCUGAGCCAGGGCGCGCGCGGCAUCUCGAGCGGCAACGGCGCGCGCGCGGAGUCCCCGGAGUUCCUGCAGCUCAACUCUGCGAUCGAGGAGGCCAGGCGGACCUCGGUGGCGCUAGAGGAGCGCCGCAGCGUGCUGAGCGAGAAGCUCGCGCGCAAGGAGCGCAAGAAGGAGCGCAAGGAGCGGCGGAGGCGCCACAAGGAGGGCGACACGAGCGGCUCGGGCUCGGAGCUCACCCCGGACGGGGACGGGGAGGGGGAGGGAGCGCGGGGGAUGGCGGACGGCGAGCCGAGCCCCGAGGGGGUGGCCGGGGACCCCGAGGCGCCCGGCGCGGGCCGGCGCGCGGCCGACGUCGUGUCGGAGAUGGAGGAGGAGGACCGCCGCGAGCAGGAGGAGGAGCGGAAGAAGAAGCAGCGAGAGCCGCCCAUCGUCUUCAAGGACGCCGUCGACGUGCGGGUGGAGUUUGACGCGCUGGUCGGCCUGAUCGACGGCGUGCUGAGCUCCGAGGAGCAGCGCUCCCUGGAGGAGCUGCACCAGUACAUGCUGGAGGACGAGGGCUCCUGGGCGCUGGGCGACGGCUUCCUCAACUUCGUGGGCCGGCUGCUGCACGACAAGUCCCUGCAGCCGGAGGUGCGCGUGCGCGUGCUGAACGUGCUGGCGCUCGCCGCGCUCAAGGACGACGUGAUCCUGCUGCUGCACCAGGACCGGCGCGAGCACGUGCUCAUGAACUACGCCCACGACGUGGACCGCGUCACGCCCGAGGAGCAGGAGGCGCUCGCCCUCUUCAUCUGCAAUCUGUUCGAGAACCUCAGCAGCUCGGAGUGGCUGCUGUACAUCUCGGAGUGGCAGUACUGCAACGCCAGCGUCAGCAACAUCCGCGUCACCACCAAGGUGGCGGUGAACGCCUUGCUGUCGGGCGGCGAUCGCCUUCGGGACUACGGCACGGCGAUCGUGCACAACCUGGCGUGCAAGGAGAAAAUGACUCAAAACAAAACCCUUAGAGGCCUGCUACCUAAGGGCAGCUUUUCAAAGGUGUUUGACGACGUGGCGGUGGAGCUGACGAUGGCCGUGCUGCAGUUCUUCAACGGCAGCCCCUCCGAGGAGCACCUGUUCCGCUGCCUCAAGGCGCUGCUCCGCUUCUGCCUCAUCUCGCCCCAGGACGUGCCCCAGCUGGUGCAGAUGGUGGGGCCGGCGCCCGCCAAGUUCCGCGGCACCUCGCCCCGCGUGGACGAGCUGGUCGAGGCCGUGUGCGCCAAGCUGCGCUGAGCGGCCCCUUCCCCUGUCCCGAGCCUACUCCAGGCAGCAGCGACGACGUGUACAGUAGCUCCGGUUCUACUUUUUUUUUUUUUUUAAUUUAUUAAUUAUUUUACACUUUUUCAAACUUUCAUAACUCUUAAAAGAUCAACCAAAACUAUACUGUCGUUGAUGACUUUUAAAGACAUCAGAGAUGAGAUAAAAAUAGCCGUUCAUUUUCUUUCUAAAAUUCGGACUCUCGACGUUCAACUAGGAGUUGUUCCGUACCAACGGGAACCCCCCCCCCGGUCGCCCGCCCUCGCCACGGCGUCACUCGCUCGGGCACGACAGACGCUCGGCAGUGACGCGAGUAGUUACACGGCCACUCGGUCCUCGACUGGGCGAGAACACACGUGGGGAGACCCACGUGCGAUAUGGAGAGCUUAAACUACUAACAUUUCAUCUCCAGACCUUUCUCGUGGCUCCCACAGACAGGGAUAUCUCGGCCGAUAGAGAAAGUGUCUUAAAAAACCUGGAAAACACAAGGUUUCAGUCACCAAAAUUCUCGCGUGUUUCUUCUUUAACGUCGCAAAACCCAGUCUUUACUUUGAUCGCAAGUUCGUGUGUAGUCGAAAAACCGAUCUGUCAUCGUCAUUAAUUAAACGUAAGAACAACCAAUGAAUCACCUGUGUAUUGAUUUGAUAUUCUGAAGAAUGAUCAAAUAUCGUUCGUCAUUCGCCUAGUCACAAUCAGUAAUGUAUUGAUUAAAUGUGGUAGUUUUGGAAAUAGGAAAAAUUCAGGGAUAUUGUCUAGAGAAAAGAGUGUGGGGGACCCUGUUGCUACGAAAAAAAAAAAAAAAUAUUAAUUUUUUUUAAGUGCACGUUUAUUUUGAGUGCGACUGCGAUAGUAGAGAGCACUUUCUUUUCUGCAGAACUUCAGAGAAUGAUGCAUCCCUAUUUCCUUAUCCCCCUCCUCCCCCUCUGGCUACACCCCUGCUCAAAUUCAUCUGAGGUUUUUCCUGAUCGCGUUCGUGCCGCUCUUUCCCCCCUCCAAACCCCCUUCGUGUCUCCGCCUGUGUUUCCCUGACCCCGUGGCGAGACUCAACAAAUCAUUUCGAGUCAUCAUUAGUGGCAACCCGAAGAUACCACAGAACUUUUAAUUCAUUAGUUCCUUGAAAUCACCUAAGCUUGUAAAACGGGGCACUCCUAAAUAAACAAACUGUGUGCUUUAUAGUUGAAUGUAUUUAAGUAUAUUUUAGGCGCUGGCAGUUUUCGGCCGGCCUGAGCGGCAAGACAAGGGCGUCCAGGGCUACGUUCUUUCCCCCCUCUCCGCGCUUCCUGAUCUUGAAUCAUGCUGUAAUGUUUCGAGGCGGUAACUCUGUUAGAUAUCGUUCAAGGUCCUGAGUGUUGUAACCAAACACACUGUUAGUGUUCGAAGUAGCUUGGCUUCCGGGUUGUAGCCGUGUCCUCGGUGGCCAAUUCCACGCCACAUCCAACAUCCGACAAUACAAGAAAAGAUACGUUCGAGAAUCAGCAGAAAUGUUAAAACACCCAGCGAACAUUUAUAGAGAAGAUGGCUACAAAAUAAAGCAAAAUACGGAACCCACUCUUUUAGAAAUCCUCAAAACGUAGCUCCACAGCCAACGUCAGCCAGAUCGCCCCUGAUUGGCAGGACAGCCCAGCCAAACCUGGAGAAAGGAAGGCUCUGAUUGGCCCACGGCUGCAGCCAAUCAGGAAGCACCUUCUCCUCAGGCGAGAGUAUAUACAAAGGCAGGAUAACGUGUAACAACCCAGAAGCCAAGCUACUUCAGACAAUGGCCGUGAAACCCUGCGGACAUUCUUACUAUUAGUGUUCAUUUGAUUUGUAGGAAGUUGAGAUACACACUUCCUUAUGAAGGUGCUAUUUCAGAACUCAAGUCUGUAUAAACGUAAACUGUUGUGAACAAGUGCUCAUGGUGAGUGCUGUCCCAGAUGUGAUGUCAAAAAGAUGCUCACAGUCAUAUUAUUUUGUAUAUUCGUGCUUACGUUACGGAGUGAUUGAUCUUGAAAAGUAUAUAGUUUUCUAGACUGUAAAUUAUUAAUGAUUCAUGUACUUCCUGGAAAAAAAAUAUGUAUGUGACAUGUAAUGGAGUUCCUGACAUGAUGUGUUAAUGCUAACACAGUUAGUGUAGGUUUGGCUGGCUAAUGUUUUUUUUUUUGUUUUUAUCCAGUGCUUUACCGGAGCACAUAUUUUCCAAUGUAGUUAUUUACAAUCUUUGAGUGAAAUUUAACGAUUUGAACUUUCGCACAAGCCGUAGAAUUUGUCUUCGUUUUGUCGUGCAUUAUUUUUUUUUAAAACAGCUGCUUAAAAAUUGGAUUUUUUUUUAAAAAAAACUGGUGUUAGUUCUAUACAAAAGUAUAAAUUGUGUUGUUUCUUUUUUUUAUUUAUUGAAGUGACUGCUUUAAUUUAUUUACAAAUAUUACUUAUAAUUUUUUGUAUGAACAUAAUAUGUGUGAUAUUUUUACGCUCUUAUGUACUCCGAUUAAUAAAGAAUUAUGCUUUUUGUUACGUGAGUGUUCGUAUUUGAAAGAAAGGUGGAAAAGUUGAGUUGUAUCCAAGCCAAAAAAAAAAGACAUGAUCUUGACCCUUUUCAGUGAUCAUCUCUAACGGCAGUGAACCACGCGACACUGUGUUCCACCUGCUGUCCUCCUCUCUUGUUCCUGCCUGCUGUUUUCUUGCGCUCCAGCGAUUGCACUUGCUUGUCGGUGUCUUGUCAGCUGUCAAGCUGCCUCGUUGCAACACCUUACAAUCUAAUACUUGCUGCUGAAGGCAUCUGAAUCAUUAGGUGUGUUAAAUUUUGUGUCCCUUCACCCUUCACAGUGAAAUCCCAUUACAAAUACCUACCUAAUUGAAAGUAUUUUUCAAUUUUUUAAUCACAUUUGAAACCUCGUCCAUCUGGUCUAACUGGGACCAAAUGCAAUCCGGACAACCGAAAAUCCGGUUAAUCCAUGAAAUAUGGGUGACAAGUCGAACAAAAUCCUUGAAUAAGCAUACCUACUUACAGUUAAUUGCGAUUAAAAGUAAGUUUUGUAACAAAAAAAUACAUAGUAUACAUAUCCUAUAUUGUUUACAAGACAUUAAAAAAAUAUAUAUAAAAAUAACUUUUCACGUCAUUUCUU